CAGACUGUAUGUAUAGGGACUCUAGCGAGCGCGGGCAUAUCACGCAUCGUGCUGUGCUUUACGUACCGUGACACAAUUUAUGCAGUGUUAAGUUCGGUUCAAUUCAUAUCCGAGUUGCAUUUGCGAACUUGAGUAGCGAAGAUAUCCAUAUCCAUUUCAAAUCAUCGAGAAUCAGCUAGCCAAGUCAUGAAGUAUAUUUUGGUGACCGGCGGUGUGAUAAGCGGCGUGGGCAAAGGUGUUAUCGCCAGCUCGUUCGGCACUAUCCUCAAACACUGUAACAUUCGCGUGACAUCCAUCAAGAUUGAUCCUUACAUCAAUAUCGAUGCCGGGACGUUCUCACCCUACGAGCACGGAGAAGUUUAUGUACUCGAUGAUGGUAGUGAAGUGGAUCUUGAUUUGGGCAAUUACGAGCGUUUCCUGGAUAUUACUCUUCAUAAGGACAAUAAUAUAACAACAGGAAAAAUUUAUCAACAUGUUAUUACAAAAGAGAGACAUGGAGAUUAUUUAGGAAAAACAGUACAAGUUGUACCUCACAUCACUGAUGCUAUUCAGGAAUGGGUGGAAAGAGUUGCGAAUCAGUCUGUAACAGAAGAUGGAGCUAAACCAGAGGUUUGCAUAGUAGAAUUGGGUGGCACAAUAGGCGACAUAGAAGGGAUGCCGUUUGUAGAAGCAUUUAGGCAGUUUCAAUUUAGAGUGAAGAAAGAAAACUUCUGUGUUGCCCAUGUGUCUUUAGUGCCGCAGGUAACUGCGUUACAUGCCUACAAUCUUUACACACAGCCAAAAUCAACAGGCGAACCCAAGACGAAACCAACGCAAUCUAGUGUUAGGGAAUUACGUGGAUUAGGUUUAUCACCCGAUCUUAUAGUUUGUAGAUCGGAAAUGCCUAUUGGUAAUUCUGCUAAGGAAAAAAUUUCAAAUUUUUGUCAUGUCGCUCCAGAGCAGGUCAUCACUAUUCACGACUUAACGUCCAUAUACCGAGUACCACUUCUUAUGGAGUAUCAAGGCGUUAUAGAGUUUCUCAAUGAUCGAUUGCAACUAAAUAUCGGGAUGCCGCGCCCGCGUUCUUUUAUGCGAAAAUGGCGAGAUUUAGCUGAUCGCGUGGAUCAUUUGCGGAAAGAUGUUAACAUCGCUCUAGUGGGCAAAUAUACGAAACUCGAGGAUUCUUACGCUUCUGUUACAAAAGCAUUGCAGCAUGCUGCCAUUGAGGCCGGUUAUAAAUUGAACUUGACGUUUAUUGAAGCUGCUAAUCUAGAGCAAAUUACAUUAAUAGAAAAUCCAGUCUUAUAUCAUGAGGCUUGGCAACAGCUUUGCAAAAGCAAUGGCAUUAUUGUACCAGGCGGCUUUGGUAAAAGGGGAUUGCAAGGAAAGAUAGAGGCUUGUCGAUGGUGCAGAACAAACAAUAAACCAUUCCUUGGUAUCUGUCUGGGUCUGCAAGCGGCGGUCAUUGAAUUAGCGCGAAACGUAUUGAAUCUUCAAUCGGCGAACUCUACAGAAAUUGAUCCACAUACUAGUAGUCCCGUGAUAAUAGACAUGCCAGAGCACAAUCAGGAAAUUAUGGGGGGAACUAUGAGACUUGGCAAGAGACAAACGCGUUUCUGCAACAAUAAUUCGGUCCUAAAGAAAUUGUAUGACAAUAAAGAUAUCAUAGAAGAAAGACAUAGGCAUAGAUACGAAAUAAAUCCAGAUUAUGUUCCAGAUUUAGAAGCAGCUGGUUUAAAAUUUGUAGGUCGUGAUGACAAUGAAAAUAUAAGAAUGGAAAUCGCUGAAUUGGAAGGACAUACUUAUUAUGUAGCUACACAAUUUCAUCCUGAGUAUCUAUCAAGGCCUUUAAAACCCUCACCGCCGUUCCUCGGUUUAAUUUUAGCUAGUGUAGGCAAACUGAAGUAUUAUGUAGCACGAGGGUGUAAAUUUUCACCUCGCCAACAGAGCGAUAAUGAAUCAGAUGAUGACUACAUGGAGAGAAAAUUGCAAUUGUCAAGUAAUGCAAAUAGAAGUGGUAGUAAUAUGACAGAACUCUGUCUCAAUGAUACUUUGUAUUGAGUAUAAUUUUAUUAUAUGAAAUUUAUUUUGUGUUAUUCCUCUCUCUCUCUAUAUAUAUAUAUAUAUAUAUAUAUAUGCAGGUAGAGCAAGUGAAACAGAGGAAAAAACUCUUUUAUCAUAUUUUGCAAUUUUUGUAAUAAUUAUUGAGAAAUUUGCGCGAAUAUAUAUUUGCGCACAUUAAUAAGAAUAAGGGACAGUCUAACAUACAUAUGGUUGUUGCGAGAAUCCAGCGUUAUGUAUCGCUCAUAUAUAACCGUUAUCAUUCCCAAACCUUUGUUGCGCACUACAUAUUACUUAACGACUAUAUACUUUGUCGCCGAUUUUUAGCCAGGCGCACGUCAAUGAGCCGCGCAUCUGAUAGUGUGCGUAAGCGCUCAAGUGUUACUGCCCGACGUGCGUAUGGCUAAAGAUCGGCGAUGAUUGAUCAGACUUUAUUCAAUAAUAACGCCUUUAUUAAGCGUUAUAGGACAAAAUGGUAAAAGACUUUUUUGUUCAGUUUAUUGUGUUCUACCUGCUCACGAGCGUUGUCACAAAUGCUCUGGGAUACCCUGUAUAUAUACGCGCACACAUAUAUACAUAUAUAUGGAGAGAGAGAGAGAGAGAGAGAGAGAGAGGGUAAUUUUUGACACACCCGAAGUGUGAAGGUAGAUUGGGUCAAACCAAAAAGAAAAGUCCUGUACCAUUUUUUCUAUAACGUUUAAUAAAGGAGUUAUUAUUGAAUAAAAUCUAGCUAAUCAUUGUCGAUCUUUAACUGUGCGAGAGCGCCCCGUCGCUACGAUAGCGCACCACUAUCAGACACGCGGCUCACAUUGAUGUAUCUGGCUAAAGGUCGCCGCUAAUCGCUGGCUAGACUCUAUUCAAUAAUAACUCUUUUAUUAAGCGUUAAAGAAAAAAAUAGUACAGGAUUUUUCUUUUCAAUUUGAUCCAAUCUACCUUCACAUUUUGGAUAUGGUAAAAAUUACCGGACACUCUGUAUAUACAUAUGUACAUAUAUACAUAUGGAAUAUUAAAUUAUACAAGUAUAUUUUAUUAAA